AUGCCUGCCGGAGUGACGGUGCGGUCCCGGGCGCGCGCGCGGCCAUCUCUAUCCGUGCGCGCCUCCCUCGGUCGUGGACCAUCCGUUGUGGCACCCAUGCCAUCUCUAGCCAGUCUUCCUGCGGCUGCCGUGAGUCCCCGAAUCCUCGCUCGAUCGACACUCGACAGGAAACCGAAACCCUCCCAUCGAUCUCGCCAACGGACCGAUCGAUCGACGCAAAUUACAUCAACACAUGGAAGGCAUGCGCCGGCCGAUAGCUAGGAUCCUUCUUCACUGGCACAGCGAGUUACCAGCAUGGCCGCUUAACGUGCACGUCUCCCUCGGUACGUUCCGCGUGAGCAUAAAUAGCAAAAGCUCCAUCGUCGACCUAGUCUCUGCAUCUCCAUACUCUUAUAUGCACCCAUCAUCCCUUCCCAAGAACACGACGCCAUUGCGAUCGACGCCGUCCUCUCGUCUCAGUGCCCUGCGCAUAACAUGGAUCGGCGCCCGGCGGAGGGCGGCAGGGGGAGGAAGCGCGCGAGGGUGGAGCCGGCGCCGGCGCCGCCAGCGGACUUCCCGUUCGACGAGGCGGCGGCGGCGGCCGACCCCGGGGAGGCGUGGCGCCGCCCGCCGGGGGUGUUCCAGUUCCCGUGGCAGAAGUGCCGCGGCGGGCUCGGCGUCGCCGGCGGCGGCUGGGAGCUGCGCGACGUCUUCUUCCGCUCCCUCGUCGACGGCGGCGCGGCCGCCAUCGGCGUGCCCGGCGACCGCCUCGUCUCGCCCGGCAAGCACCAGCAGCGCGCGCUCUUCGACGACCUCGACGCCUGGCUCGCCGCCGCCGCCGACGGCGAGGUCGACCCCGUCUGGCGCUCCGCGAUCAGGGGCGGCGCCGCCGGACCCUCCGCGUCGGCGUCGGCGGUGUGAGGAUGGCAUGCACGGCCGGGGCCAGUCCGUGGCCCCGCGUGGCAUUCAGCGCGCGGCGGCGCCUGUCCCAUCGGCAGCCUCGUGACGCCGACGUUGGGUGGCACGGGCGGCAGGACCGGGAAUGUCGACGAUGAUCACGAUCAAUUCCAUUCUUUUUGUGUAUAUAUAAUGUUGCUUCCAGUAACUAUUUAUCACUUUUAAUCAGACUAGUAUUAUUUUGAAGUAGUUUUCAGCUCUCUCAGACCUCUAGGUACUGUAUUUUUCUUUUGCCAGACUAUCCAUUCUUACACCUACGUACUUAUUUCC